AUGACGGUUGCCUACCACAACCAUGGCUGGCCCUCCGGCUCGCCAUCUCCCUUAUGUCUAGAGGACAAGUUCGAAAUACUCAAAGAGAUAGGAGAUGGCAGCUUCGGAAGUGUCGCGCUUGGGAGGACUCGUACGGCGGGAGCUCAUAUUGUUCGGAGGAACACCUUGGUGGCCGUCAAGACCAUGAAGAAGACUUUCGAACACUUCUCCCAAUGCAUGGAGCUUCGCGAAGUCAUCUUCCUCAAGACUCUUCCCCAUCAUCCUCACCUCGUCCCCGCAUACGACAUAUUCCUGGACCCCUACACCAAGAAGCUUCACAUCGCCAUGGAGCACAUGGAUGGCAAUUUAUACCAGCUCAUGAAGGCAAGAGAUCACAAGCCGCUGGAUGCCUCCAGUGUGAAGAGUAUACUAUACCAGAUCUUAUCUGGUCUGGAACACAUCCACGACAACGGCUUCUUCCACCGUGAUGUCAAGCCGGAGAACAUUCUCGUCUCUACGUCCGUCUCGGAAACUGGCAACGCUUUCAAGAGAUACUCCUCCCUCAUCACGCCUCCCUCAACGCCACCAACCUACUCGAUUAAGAUUGCAGACUUUGGUUUGGCCCGUGAAAUGCAUUCGCGAGUGCCAUACACAACAUACGUGUCCACGAGAUGGUAUCGUGCGCCGGAAGUGCUCUUGCGAGCAGGGGAGUAUUCUGCACCCGUCGAUAUCUGGGCGAUUGGCGCCAUGGCCGUGGAAAUCGCGACACUUAGGCCUUUGUUCCCUGGUGGCAACGAGGUCGAUCAGGUGUGGAGAGUAUGUGAGAUCAUGGGCAGCCCAAGCAACUGGGUCAACAAGCAUGGGCAGAAGAUUGGCGGUGGUGAAUGGAGAGAAGGCAUCAAGCUUGCACAGAGACUCGGGUUUUCCUUCCCCAAGAUGGCACCUCAUUCGCUGGCCACCGUCCUGCCAGCACCACAAUGGCCAGCCAGCCUUGUGCAAUUCGUGACCUGGUGCCUGAUGUGGGACCCGAAGCACCGCCCGACUUCCAAGCAGGCUCUCGAGCACGAGUAUUUUGCCGAUGCCGUCGACCCCUUGAUGAGGCCGAAGACCAACAGCAGUAAUCGAAUUCUGGGACGAAAGGCAUCGACGAUGACUCCCACGAACGAGUCUGUCGCUGACUCGGUCCCGACACUUGCGACCAAGACGUCGUCGUGGUUCAGAAGAUCCAUGCCCGCGAGAGAGUCGUCUGCACCAGCACCACCCGUGCCUGCACACGUUCAGCCGAUCCUCGAAGCUCCUAAACGAUCUGCCAUUGUGCAUGCAAACACUGUGGAUGCUGCACCCUCAGCAUCGCGGAUCCGAAAUCCUAGCGACAAGCGCGCAACAUGGGGCCACGGCUUGCAGAGCAAUCCUGCGCCGAUUCCCAUCUUGCCGUCAAUCCGUCCCAUCUCACCACUCCGGGACGAAGUGACCGUGCAGGCAACUACGAAGCCUGCUGAAGUCCCGAUGGAGAGCCACCGGAAGAUUGGUCGACAAUUGUCUGUCAAUUCGUCUGGGAAUCACUAUGCCGAUAUGCACAGGCAAGAGGCAGAGCGCAUCUUGAAUGGAGGCAACGGGCUGAAGUCUCCGACGAGCAGCAGUGGAAAGGAAGGCUUCUUCUCGCACCUGCGCAAGCGUGCUCGGAGACUCUCUGGACGCUACCAAGGUCCCAACUCUCCCAAUGCCGAGGAUAUCGAGGCCAACGCUGGACGCGGAACCUGGCAGAGCAGCAACCGACAAGCCAUCGCUCCCGCCGGGGAUGACAGGGCCUUCGAUUCCAGCUUUGCCGAUCUCGAUCGGGCUUUGCGCAAUGUACGCCAUAACUUGAACGCUGCUGCUGAUGUCAAGCCGCCUGUCAGGCAACCGUCGCUUCCACGACAACCUCAGAAGAUGGCGAGCAGCCCUGCACUCCACCGACACGCAUCCUUGCAAGAGGAGCGAUCGGCGGCAGCAUUGCCAUCGACUACCUCGAUGUUCAGCCGGAACCGUCGGUCGGUUCGACACCCCCCGCAGAACAAGUACGAGACGCCGAGCGAGGAGGACGAGUUGCUGGACGAGGCGAUUCAUUCAGCGCACACCGCUGCGCGACGACUGGACGACGUGCCCAAGGUUCCGGCCAAGCAUCACAACAUCAGCCAGCCGGCAUCGCAGUCUCUCUUCUCUGGCGGCGCUACGUACAGUACUCCCUAUCUGACGCCAUCGACCUCGAAGGACAUGAAUGGCGUGAGUUUUGGAGGCUCGCAUGAUUACGCGCCCACUCAGCCGAUGCCGAUCCCGCGUGCGCCAGCCAAGAAUCAUCAAUCGGUCAAUCCUCAGUGGCCCACGCCUCCCUACGACGAGAACGACUGGGCCGCGGCGGCUUCGGCCAGCAUCUUUGCCACGCAACAGGCAUUCCGAUGA